GUGAAAAUUCUGCAAAGCCUUGUGGAUGUUGUUGUUCUUUUCCUCGCUCACUGUGUUACAUAAAUAUUUUAAGUGAAACAUAAAAGUCAUCGCUUUAAUGUCAGCUGCGAUUAUUGUGGCUGCUGUUGUCGGCGGUGGAAUACUGCUAAUUGUUCGCCGAAUGUUCCCCCGUAAGAAAGCAGUCGAGUUGCUACGGUACCCGGCCGAUAUGAUGCGGGGAAAGACGGUAAUUGUGACCGGGGCUAACAGCGGCAUAGGGAAGGCCGUGGCCGGGGAGCUGCUCAAACUCCAGGCCCGGGUGAUCAUGGCCUGUCGGGACCAGCAGAUGGCGGAGGAAGCAGCGCAGGAGAUCAAGAAGCAAGCAGGGCCAGAGCACGGAGAGGUGGUGAUCAAACACCUGGACCUCGCCUCGCUUCAGUCUGUGAGGAGCUUUUGCGAGGAGAUCCUGAAGGUAAAUGUGCAUUUUGCUUAACUUUAUUGGGGUCAGUCUAGGCUAAAUAACUAUUGUAUAUAAGGCAAAAUUGUGUAAAUGUCGGAUCCGCGAAGAUAAAAGACUGAUGCAGUGGAAUAUUCUGUUGUUUGAGCUAUUGGAGGGUAUCGUCUCGUUCAUUCCAUGACCAUCAUACAGUGGCUGUGAUGUUUUGUAAUGAAGAUUACCUUUCAAAGAGCCAUGGUGAGCUGUCCAACGUGCUGAAACAGUCACAUGUGCACAGUCAGUUUGCGUUUGUUUACAAAAGCUAUCAACAUCAAUUCAGUUUUAAAGGGAUUACAUUUAGAGACAAGGUCUUUCUUAUUAAAAUUCCUUCACUUGAAAUCACUUGCAUUGAUUGUAGUUUCUUACACAUGAUAAAUGGAGAUAUAGAGACCAACAUGACACAGUCAUCCAGCCACCACUAAGCAAAACCCCUCCACUAAUGGUACAUUAUGUGUGUCUCAUACAUGCUUGUCUGCCCCUGUUAGGAAGAACAACAAGUCAACGUGCUCAUCAACAAUGCAGGCAUCUACCAGUGUCCCUACACAAAGACAAAGGAGGGUUUUGAGAUGCAGCUGGGGGUCAACCACCUGGGUCACUUCCUCCUCACCCACCUCCUCCUGGACCUCCUCAAGCGCUCCUCCCCCAGCCGCAUCGUGGUGGUUUCCUCCAAGCUCUACAAGUAUGGCAGCAUCAAGUUCGAUGACCUCAACAGGUGCGGUUGGUUCAUGUUAUGUUGUGUAUAUUGUGUUUUUACCUGGAUCCUAUUCAUUAGUGCAGACUGUAGCAAAAUGGUUUGCACUAAAAAACAAAACAACUAUUGUUUAUUAUUGGACAAUAGUUCAAGUUAGUCCUUCCCUGUUUCGGUCAGUUUUCCUCCGUUUGGGCCUAAUGAACACAACCCUUGUGUAAUGUCUGUUGUGUUUCUAUGGAUGAUUCUCCCCUUGAGGGAUAAUUAUAUUUUCUACUUCUAUUGCCACUACAGUGAUAGAAGCUACAACAAAGCCUUCUGCUACAGCCAGAGCAAGCUGGCUAAUCUGCUCUUCACCCACGAGCUGGCCCGGCGCCUGGAGGAGGAGGGCGUCACCGGGGUAACGGUCAACGCCCUCACCCCAGGCAUCGUGAGGACCAGGCUGGGCAGGCACAUCCACAUCCCCUUCCUGGCCAAACCUCUCUUCCACCUGGCCUCGCUGGCCUUCUUCAAGAGCCCACUGGAGGGCGCUCAGACGCCACUCUACCUGGCGUGUUCGCCCGACGUGGAGGGCGUGGUGGGGAAGUGCUUCGCUAACUGCGAGGAGGAGGAGCUGAUGCCCAAGGCGACGGACGAUCAGGCGGCCAAGAGACUGUGGGACCUGAGUGAGACCAUGGUGGGGAUUAAAACUCACUAAGAGACCUGGGAUCCAGACUCUCGCAUAGAGACCAUAUGAGAGACUUGCCCUGGGAAUCAAGUGAAUUGGGGGAUGAUUGAUUGAGACUGUUUGGGGUUUCAUUGGAACUGGGGUCAGUGGGUAAAGUUUCCACCGUUUUUAAUUAACCUCGGUGUGUGUGUGCGUGUGCGUGUGUGUGGGU